AUGCUCGAUGCCCACUCCGUGCAUCGAGCGCACACUCGCUGCAGCGCGCGUCGGCGGGUUCGCGGCGAGCGGCGAAGCCUGGCCGGCUGUCCGGCGUGGCUCGUUCGAGGCCAGAUCCCCCGGCUGCGAUGGGACGAUCCACUGGUCGAGCAGCACCUCCGGAGCGGAGAGCCGUGCAUCCUGACGGGCGGCUGCCCGCUGGUCGCGUCGCUGGCUCACUGGAGCUUUGACUACCUCGCCGAUGCGCUCGGCCCUCAGAACGCCCUCUCAGUGCACUUCGCGCCUCGCCGAGUCUCUGUGCACGCCCGGCACUACGGCGAGGGACUCGGCGAGGGCGGCGUGCGGCCGAUGAGCUUUCAAAAAUUCGCGCCGCUCCUGUGGUACGACGAGGAGGAGGACGGCUCGCUGAGCGGGUCUGCGCAGCUGGCGGCGGACCUGGGCGAGGCGGCGGGCGCCCUCCCCUUCAAGACGGCCCAGCUGUGGGCCGGCCACGGGGGCGGCGUCACGCCGUGCCACUACGACGCGCUGCACAACUUCCUCGCCCAGUUGCGCGGCUCAAAGCGGCUGCUCCUCCUCCCGCCCUCGGAGAGCUACCGGCUCUACCCGUACCCGGUCGGCCACCCGAUGGACAAUUUUGCGAUGGCAGACCUCUGCGAGCCGGACCUGCGCACCACGCCCGCCCUCGCCGCGGCGCGCGCACUCGAGGGGGAGCUGCACCCGGGCGAGGUGCUCUGGCUGCCGCGGUACCACUGGCACCAGGUGCGGCAGGCGGGGGCGAGCGACGAGAACCUCUCGCUCAACUUUUGGGUCGGCGAGAAGGGCACCACGGAGUUUGCCAGCACGGCGGCGCGCGCCAUCUUUGGGGAGCGGAGCGGCCCGUUCCUCAACGCGCUCGCGGCGGGCGAAGACGGGCGCUGGCCCGCCGGCUCGCGCGCGCGAUCGACCGCGGAGCGGCUGCGCGCGGAGCUCGGCGGCGUGAUCGGCGGCGAGGCUGCUGUCGGCUCGCUGCUGCGCGCGAUGACGCUCGACGGCAGGCUCUGGCCGGGCAUCGCCGCCGACGUGACGGGCGAGGUGGUGUCUGGCGAGCCGCGCCGGGGCAGCCUCCGCCAGACGCCGCCAGAGGAGAUGGCGCGCAUGCUCGAGGCGGAGAUGGCUCGGACGGCGGAGGGGGGGAGAACUCGCGGGGAGGGGUAG